UAUCACACUGGUGAGGAAUGUCUGCCAUGCUUUCUCCUCCAAACAAGUCCAAAGGAGGAGUGGCAGCACCUGGACCCUGCUCAGAGGACCCUGUACAGUGAGGUGAUGCUGGAGAACUAUAGCCACCUUGUCUCAGUGGGGUGUUGCAUCCCUAAACCAGAAGUGAUCCUGAAGUUGGAGCAAGGAGAGCAGCCAUGGGUGCUAGAGGAAGAGUCCCCCUGUCAGAGCUACCCAGACAGAGUCCCAGGCUGGCAGGAGAAGUGGGCGUGGUCGCUGGGACAGCCCUCCGAAAUGGGUCAGGUGGUGCUUCGAGGCUCAGGGGACGUGGCCUCCUGGGCAGCAUCCAAAGCGUAUGGCCUCUGUCUCUUCAGUGCAGAUGGAAUUUCAGCACAUCCAGGAGUGUGACCGCUGCCAUCUCUCUGGUGUACGUGCAUCACAGUGGUCUCCAGCCUAAGGACAUUUGGACUUUGAGUUAAAAUACCUAUGGGACAUUAACUUAUG